ACGAGAUUUUCGGCGGAUGUUGAUAUUUUGAUCCGGAUUUCGGUGCCGUCGUUGCUCUUCUCGGCCGUGCUUUUAGCGUUACUGCAAAUAUUUGCGUAACGUGUACGAAACACGGUCUUUCUCGGCGCUUCUCUCGGGAAGCAUAGAGGCCGAGGCAGGGGGAGAUGAUGGAGGACUUUGAUGAGAUUUACGAGGAGGAGGAAGAGGAAGAAGAGGACGAGGACAGGGCCGCGGAGGAGCAGCUGCUCAAAUACGCUCCUGACCCGGUGAUAGUGCGCGGAUCCGGACACGUCACUGUGUUUGGACUGAGCAAUAAAUUUGAGUCUGAGUUUCCCUCGGCCCUUACAGGAAAGGUCGCACCAGAGGAGUUCAAAGCCAGCAUAAACCAUGUGAACAGCUGUCUGAGGAAGGCUCUCCCAGUGAAUGUGCGCUGGCUGCUGUGCGGCUGUCUGUGCUGUUGCUGUACCCUGGGCUUUAGUCUGUGGCCGGUCAUCUGUCUGAGCAAGAGGACACGCAGAUCCAUAGAGAAGUUACUGGAGUGGGAAAACAACAGAUUGUAUCACAAGCUAUGUUUGCAUUGGAGGCUCAGCAAAAGGAAGUGUGAAACCAACAACAUGAUGGAAUAUGUCAUCCUGAUAGAGUUUCUACCCAAGAUUCCCAUCUUCAGGCCGGAUUAGCAGUGCUCGUCCCUCCGGCGUGGUCUUCCUGAGGUGCCUUUCUCCGGUACUGUCAUGGGUUUUAUCAUGUGGCCUCGUCCCUUUUCCCUCCACGCUCUGAGCAAGCGACUCACCUCACGUCCGAGCGCCACUCACAGCACUCCUCACCGAGAAAGCACUGUUUACAACCCACAUACACACAUACGCACGGACCGAUUCUGGUUUUGCGAGUGCAUGAAUACAUACAGAGUGACCUUUACUGUCACAUGGCUACACAGAGCCAGCGAGGAGGCCACGGAAAGUCACUUCUAAAUCUCCAAACCAGAACGUCUACUAUACCUUAAUUAAAUCACACACAGUCUGCGUACUAGCUAAGUGACUUUCUUUUGCCGACAACAACCAUCACUGUGGAACGGAUCAGUGAGGAAUGGCUUGAGGAGGUGGCAACUGUAGAAUUAAACUCUUUUACUGUAUUAACAAUAUGGAUGUUAGGCUUAGCUGAGAGCCAAAUGGACACAGUCAAUGCACAAUACAUAGUUCCCCAUCUCUCCUUCUCACAAAUUAUCAUCCAUAUACAAAGACAAUCAAACACUGACUGUGCCACGCAGCAUCUAGACUCUGACAGGACUUUUGAGUCUAGUUGAAGUCACUGACCUGAUGCGGUCCAGGUGCACCUGUGGGUAGUGAUGCAGCACAGAUUAGAUUUGUUUGCGUUUUUUUUUUUUUAGUUUUUUUUUUAAUCCUUGUUUACUUGCUCAGUUUAAAAAGACGAGCAGCAAAUAUUUGUCUCUUGAUUUGUGUGUGUGUGUGGGUAUGGGUGAUUAUUUCUGUCUGUCCCUGAGAUAUUUUGUUUGUAAUUUUUGUUCACAAGUGAUACAAAACAUUUAUAGGUUUGGUGGGUCACUGAAAAAGUUAAUUCAUUACAGGAAAUUACUGGAGGUCAAACAAAAAAGAAAAAGUUAUGAUUUUUAAAAUAUCUGAGUUUCUCCAGGGUGGAAAGGCUUUUUUUGUUUAAAUAUUUUUCACUUAAUUUGUUUGUUUUUUCAUCAUUGUUUCAAUCCUGGGUCAGGAGUCCUAUGCAGACAUUUUCUCGUAGUGAGCUAUAUUUGUGUAAAUGUAUCCAGUUGUAGGUUAAUAAAACACUUAUGUCCCAAUACUCAAUAAAACAAUUGGUUAUUAGAUCUUAAAACUUGAAAUUUAUGAGGUGUGUGUAUGUGUGUACGAUUACCAAUAUUAUUACUGAAAUUACAAUUUCCUAUCUCUCGUCUGAUGUCAUCCCAAAUCCCAGGGACAUCGUCUUUAUUUUUCAAAAAUAAUUUCAGCGUAUUUAUGUACAAUGUGUGUACAGAAAUAAAAUAUGCCCAACUUGA